GCUAGCUCCAUUUUUCCGUUUCGUUCGUUCCCCAAAGAACGAUCAUCAUCCAAAGCUUCUGCAGCUGCAGGUAGAGUUUCGGUGCGCUUUGUUUAAUUCCUGUUGUUGUUUCGCAUAUGUUCUCAGCCGUAGAGCCCUUCUUUAUCCUGAAUGAAUCAACCCCUUCGGCCAUAGCUCAAUUUCUUUAUUAUACUUAAUACCCAAUACGUUAAGCGCUGAAAUUUGAAAAAUCUGAUGCUUGCUUACCGUGGAAGCUCAACUGGGUUCGAUGCCCUCGUGCCGAAGAAAGUUUGCAUUUACAAUUACAACAAAUUGGCAUUUAGAGCUGCCAGUGUCAAGUGUGUCCACAAGCAAGCUGCGCAGUCGCUUACAAGUUCCACCACAGCUGAGAGACGUAUUGUUAAGAAGAAGGUUGGGAAGGAGGCCCACCAUUUAUGGAAGAAAAGAGAUUCUGCUGGCUCUGGCCAAAAAGCUCUGAAUCUUGUUAGAAUUGUUUCCCAAUGCCCCAAUGAGAAAGAAGCUGUAUAUGGAGAAUUGAAUAAGUGGAUAGCUUGGGAGACGGAGUUUCCAUUGAUUGCAGCUUCUAAAGCUUUAAGAAUACUGAGGAAGAGAAGUCAAUGGAAGCGUGUCAUUCAAGUGGCAAAGUGGAUGCUAAGCAAGGGUCAAGGUGCCACAAUGGGUACCUAUGACACUCUUCUUCUGGCAUUUGAUAUGGACAAGAGGGUGGAUGAGGCCGAAUCUUUAUGGAACAUGAUUUUGCAUGCACAUACUCGUUCCAUCUCUAAACGACUGUUUUCUAGGAUGAUCGCUUUGUAUGACCAUCAUGACUUGCAAGAUAAGAUUAUUGAGAUAUUUGCAGACAUGGAGGAGUUGGGAGUAAGGCCAGAUGAAGACACAGUUAGAAGAGUAGCCCACGCCUUUCGAAAACUAGGUCAAGAAGAAAACGGGAAAACGGUCUAUAAAAGAUAUGGCUGCAAAUGGAAAUACAUACAUUUCAAGAGUGAGAGGGUUAGAGUGAGAAGAGAUGGAUGGGAUGAAGAUGAUAAAUGAACCAAACUGAAAGAAAAGAUUUGUGGCUCAAACUAUUGAAGGGCAGAGACUCCUGAACUUCAACAUGGAUUAGCUCACAAGGUAUUUAUCUACCAAUUGCCGUUAAUUAUAUGCGUUCUAUUGGCAGUCUGGAAGUUAAUUUGCAGUCUAUUUUUCUCCUCUGUUCUAUUUGAACAUCUUAGCAGUAGUAACAGAGAUAAUGCAAACACUGUAAUAUAUUAAUAUGAUAUGAAAAAGGUAGUGUAUAUGUUAAUCAAGGAAUUUAUCUAUCA